UUAAUAGACUAGUUUGUAGAAUUGUAAUCAGUCUCAUCCAAAUAGCCUAAUGUUUCUUAAUAGCGUAUCACGUACAUUGAAAAUCCCUCGAAAAUCGAUGCAAUCUGCUGCGAAUAUAAGAUGUAACAGGUAAUGCUAAUAUCCUAUGCAGAACGCUUAGCACCUCACGACGGUGUCAUUACAGAGUAUUUACACGAAUAAAUAAUCUUGUGAUUAAAGUUCGUACUAUGCCUAUUCUUGCAUGUCCAUCGUGAGUCGCCCAAGCACUUCCGUGUGCUAUUAUGGAGGAUAAGGUAACGCUGGGUAAAAUAAUCGUGUUUUUGAAAAUAUACUUGACGUUCGCAUGUUGUUGGCCUUUGCCAUCGAACGCGACAAAGCUUCAAAGAUUUCUUCGUAUUGCCUUUCAAUAUUUUUGUUGCGCGAACUCAGUGAUACUUUGCGUUGCGGCGGCAUGGACGCUCUACAAACACAGUGAUGAUGCACUACUUGUGAUGAAACUAGGAUGCCAAUUCAGCGCCGUUUCGCAAGUCCCAUUGCAGAUAAUAUUUUUUGCAUUCCAGGACAAACGUUUGCAGUUUAUUGUUUUAGAAAUGGAGAAUUAUUACAAACAAGCGCAAAAAUAUGAAAAGGAAAUUUUUCAACAAUAUGUUGAUAAAUGCAUGCCAUUUUAUGGUAUCAUUCUUGGUUGGCUGGCAAUGACAGGUGUUAGCGUGAUAACCGCACCACUGUUCUCAUCCCAAUCGUUUCCGAGUGAAGCAGAAUACCCAUUCGAUGUACAACAUCAACCAUUAAAAACUCUCAUCUAUGCACAUCAUAUAUUGACUGCUUAUCAAAGUGUGAUACAAGUUAGCGCCAAUACUUUUCCUGCUCUUCUACUUUGGUUUGUAGCCGCCAGAUUCCAAAUUUUGUCCACCCGAUUUCGUACGAUGACGAACAUGAAAGAGCUUAUAAACUAUACGAGAGAACAUUAUAUAUUACUCAGAUAUGCAAAAGAAGUGUCGCUCGCAGUACGUUAUAUAGCACUAUUAUGCGUAACUUUCAGUACUGGCGCUGUAAUAUUCGGUUAUCUUACUUUUAUGAGCCGUCAACCAUGGUCAGUGAAAUGGACGUUUCUCAUGAUAGCUUUCUGCGGCUUUGUGGAACUCUACAUGUAUGCCUGGCCAGCUGAUCAUGUAAUAAGCACGAGUAGCGACAUUGCAUCAGCCGUCUACGAUUCAUUAUGGUACAAUGACGAUUUGGCUAUACGAAAGAUUUUAGUACAUGUUAUACGAAGAAGUCAACAUCCGGUCACUAUUUCAGUUCCAUGUGCAUUACCGGAUCUAUCUAUGAAUUAUUACGCGUCGUAUAUCUCAACUGUUUUUUCAUACAUGGCAUCUGUCCGCCUUAUAAUGGGUCAGGAAGUAAUUGCUUUCCUAAGAAUAUACUUAAUGUUCGCUUGCUGUUGGCCACUAUCACCGAACGCGACAAAGCUUCAGAGACUUUUUUACGGUGCUUUACGAUAUUUCUGCUGUACGAACACGACGAUAUUUAUCAUUACGGUGAUAUGGACAUUCUGUCAGCAUAACGAAUACAUGUUUAUGAUGAAACUAGGAUGUGAAUUGAGCGCCGCCUUGCAAAUUAUAUUACAAUUGAUACUCUUCAUAAUACAGGAUAAACGUUUGCAGUUUAUUGUUUCGGAAAUGGAGGAUUAUUACCAACGAGCCCAAAAAUAUGAAAAAGAAAUUUUACAACUCUAUGUUGACAAAUGCAAAUUGUUUUAUGGUUGCGUUUUUUGCUUGGUAAUAAUGACAGCUCUUAGUAUGAUAACUACACCCUUGUUUUCACCACAACCGUUUCCAUGUGCGACAAAGUAUCCAUUUGAUGUACACAAUCAACCAUUGAAAACUAUUAUCUUCGUACAUCAAAUAUUGACUGUUUACCAAAGUAUGACACAAGUUAGUGCCAAUAGCUUUCCUGCUCUUUUACUUUGGUUUGUAGCUGCCAGAUUUCACAUUUUGUCCAUUCGUUUUCGUACGAUGACGAGUAUGGAAGAACUCAUAAAAAAUACACAAGAACACUAUUCACUACUCAGGUAUGCAAAAGAAGUGACUCAUGCAAUUCGUUAUGUAGCGUUGUUAUGCGUAACCUUUAGUAUUGGCGCUGUAAUAUUCGGUUAUCUUACUGUUAUAAGUCGUCAACCAUGGUCAGUGAAACUGACGUUUCUUAUGAUAUCUUUCGGCGCUUUUGUAGAACUCUACAUGUACGCCUGGCCAGCUGAUCAUGUAAUUAGCACGAGCAGCGACAUCGCGUCAGCCGUCUACGAUUCAUUAUGGUACAAUGAUGAUUUGGUCAUGCGAAAACUUUUAAUAAAUGUUAUAUUGAGAGGUCAACAUCCAGUCACUGUUUCAGUCCCAUGUGCAUUACCAAGUUUGUCUAUGAGUUAUUACGCGUCGUAUGUAUCGACCGUUUUUUCAUACAUGGCGUCUGUGCGUAUCAUAAUGGGUCAGGAGUAAAAGAAGAGAAUCACAGAUCUAUAAUAAAAACCUCUGA